AUGCUGAAGAAUACAAGGAACGACGUGCAGGUUAAGGUUACUGAUGCCGAAGUAAAUGUGGAAGAGAUCAAACAGAACGUUAAGGACUGGCAGACUGCGGUGAAUAAUACCAUUACUGAAGCAGAGAGGUUGAUUCAAGAGAAAGAAGACAACCCUGGAUGUUUCAAGGUAUUGCGCCCCAACUGCAUCACCCGCUACAAACAUAGCAAGAAGGCGUUCAAAUUAAAGCAGGAUAUUGUUCUGAAGCAAGAUGAGAAAUUCGACAGUGUUUCCUAUCCUACUAUUCCACUAAAGAAGAACUUUGACAAGCUCCGAGAUGAUGUUUUGAAGUUGAGGAAUGCAAGAGGCAAAGUGCAGCGUAAGGUUGAGGAGGCUAAAAACAAUGUGGAAGAGAUUGAAGAGGAUGUGAAGAAGUGGCUGGAGGAUGUUGACUCUAUCAUUGUUAAAGCAGAUGAUUUGAUUAAAAACCAAAGUUCAAUUGGCACUGACCGCAAGACCCGCUACCAAAAGAGCAAGGCAGCAUCCGAAUUAAUGGAGGAUAAGAUUGAUCCACUCCUGCAGCAAGAAGUGAAAUUCGACAGAGUUUCCUAUCCUACUAUUCCGCUAGAGAAGAACUUUGACAAGCUCCGAGAUGAUGUUUCGAAGCUGAAGAAUGCAAGACUGAAAGUGCAGUGUAAGAUUACGGAGGCUAAAAACAAUGUGGAAGAGAUUACAGAGGAUGUGAACAAGUGGCUAGAGGAUGUUGACUCUCUCAUUAUUAAAGCAGAGGAGUUGAUUCAAAACCAAAGUUCAAUUGGCACUGACUGCGAGACCCGCUACCGAAAUAGCAAGGCGGCAUCCGAAUUAAUGGUAGAUAAUAUUGUUCCACUCCUGCAGCAAGAAGAAAGAUUCGAUAAAGUUUCCCGCCCUACUAUUCACAAGGAGAUAUGGCUUAGAUCUAAUGAAGAUUAUUUGGCUUUCGAAUCAAGAAACUCCACUGUGAAGAAUGUAUGGGAUGCUUUACAAGAUGAGGAAAUCUACAUGAUGGGUGUUUUUGGGAUGGGUGGUCUAGGCAAGACCACUCUUGUGCAGGAAAUUGGUAGGAAAGCCGACAACGAAAAGCUCUUCGAUGAGAUUGUUUUUGUUGAGGUAACAGAAACUCCAGCUACAAAAAAAAUUCAAACAGUAAUUGCAAACAAGUUAGGUCUCAAAUUCAAAGAUGCAAUGGAAGAUGAGAGUCAAAGAGCAAGCAAGUUAUACUCAAGAAUGGAGAAGAGGAAUAUCCUUUUAAUCAUAGAUAAUAUUUGGGGAGAGCUAGAUUUGAAGAUUGUAGGAAUUCCUUCUCUAGCUGAUCGUGGUAGAAAUAAAAUAUUGAUGACAACAAGAAACGUUGAUGUGUUGGAGAAGAUGGGUUCAACAAAAAAUUUGGGGAUGGGCAUUUUGAAUGAAAAAGAAGCUUGGAGCCUAUUCAAGAAAAUGGCAGGUAAUGUUAUUCAAACACUUGAAUUGAAUUCUUUACCAAAGGAUGUAUGCAAAGAAUGUGGAGGGUUGCCGAUUGUCAUUUGUACUAUAGCAAAGGCAUUAAGGAGUAGAAGACAAAAAUCUCAAUGGGAAGAUGCUUUGCGAAUACUAAGAAUGCCUUCCCCAGCAAAGUUCACAAGACUUUUAGAAAAGGAAUAUUCAAAGAUUAAGUUGAGUUACGAUUAUUUGGAAGGUGAUGAGCUCAAGAAAACUUUCAUAAUUUCUAGUCUAAUGGAAAACAAUACUUCCAUUUUAGACUUGCUCAAGAAUAUCGUUGGCUUGGGUAUACUUGAAGGAGCUAAUCUUACAAUAGAACAAGCACGAAAUAGAUUAGAUUCAGUGGUCAAGGAACUCAAAGACUCUUGCUUGUUACUUGAUGGUAGAACCGAAGGAAGGUUUUCUAUGCGUGACGUUGUUCGCAUUGUUGCUUUAACAUGUGCAUAUACAGAUCACCAUGUUUUUACAGAGAGAAACGACAUUGAAAAGGAAUGGAAGGAUAAAGAUAAACUUAGAAAAUGCAAAAUUAUCUCAUUAGUUGGUAAUAAUAUUAUUACUCAACUUUGGCCUGAAGCAUUAGAUUGUCCAAAACUUGAAUUUCUUAGGGGUUCUUUUUUUGAAAUCCCUAAGGAGUUUUUCACAAUGACGCCAAAGCUAAAAGUUUUAAAUUUAUUUAGAAUACAGCAGUUGUUGCCGUCGUCACUUGCUCAUCUGACAAACCUUCAAACAUUGUGUUUAGAUGGUAGCAGUAUUAGAGAUGUUGCUAUUAUCGAAAAGCUUAAGGAGCUAAAAGUCCUUAGUUUGCAAAGUACUUAUAUCGAGGAGUUGUCUACACAAAUCGGUCAAUUGACUGGGUUAAAGAUUUUAGAUUUGAGCAAUUGUUGGGAAUUAAAAGUUAUUGCACCAAAUGUGAUAUCAAAACUAUCCCAACUAGAAGAAUUGUACAUAAAGGGUUGUGGUAUUCAGUGGAAGGUUGAAGUACUCAAGGAGGUCAAGCACUUAUCUCAGUUGACCAAUUUAGAAAUAUAUAUUGAAGAUAACAAGAUGAUGCCAAGAGACUUCUUUUCUAGAGAGCUUAAAAGGUUCAAUAUAUCAAUAGGAUAUCAACAGCUCGGCAUUUAUGGAUUUUCAAGAAUGUUUGAAUUUCAAUAUGAUUCUGCCAUCUCUUUAGAAGAAUUACGAAUUCUCAAGAAUGUUGAACUCUUACGGUUGGUUAAAUUUUCAGAUGAUGAUAACAAUCUUAAGCCACUUUUUAAUGAAAAGGUUUUUUUCACCAAUUUGAUGGCCUUGGAAUUGAGAAAUAUUAGUUCUGGAAGGAUUUGGGACAACCAAUUUCCAACACUUUUGUCUUCCUCCUAUCAAAAUUUGACACGUUUUAUCUUGGAGAGUUGUGGAAAAAUAAAAUAUGUGUUUUCAUCUUCCAUUGCCAAAAGCCUCCAGACUCUAAAAAGCCUUGAGAUAAGAGACUGUGAGGUUUUAGAGGAGAUUGUUGCGGAAGAAGAAGGAGCAAAAGUUGUUAAUUUUGCCUUUCCGCAAGUUACUAAUUUGUGGCUUUAG